UUUAUCUUCCUCACACCUUACCAUGCAUUAUGCAACACAAUCCCUAUUGUCACAUAGGAUUGUGCAGACUAGCUGUCCCUUUGGUAGUAUUCGUUUAGUUUGUAAAGACCAUCCAGGUCAAGGUGUUGCUUUCACAUUUGUGAUCUUAUAUCUACUUUUUAAAAAAAUGCACUUAAACAUGAGAGGAGCUGUUUUUAUCGCGUCUGUGAUGGUGAUAUCUUUGUUUUGUUUGGGACAAACACUUGAGUGCUUUCGGUGUGAACUCGGAUUCUGGGAUGUGUGUUACACUACCAAGACAAACUGCAGUGAUGAUGAACUGUGUUAUGUGGGAAUUGGUAAAGCAGUUUCUGUCCUGGAUAUAAAGGUGAUGGGGUGUCUUCCCAUGGAGGCAUGCAACAAGACAACAGUUGUAGAGUUCCUUGAAAAAAAGACCUUGUACACAUUGAAGACCACCUGCUGUGAGGAAGACUUCUGCAACGCCAGCCCUUCAAUUCAGUUGUCCCUUUCUCCUCUUUUGCUUGUCAUACUUCUCAUUACUGAGAUGAUGGGUGUGUUUUGAUAAUUUCCACAUUCUAGUUGUCAUAAGGGAUUGAAAGCUUUGUUUCAUGUUUACACCGUUCACAUUAUGUUACUGUUUUGAUCUAAAACGGCUGCUUUCAUGCCAGAGCACAUUUGUGAUGUUCUUUUCCAGCUAGUUGAUUUGUUAAUCCAAACGAGCAAAGCUUAUAAAUACAAUGUGAAGUACGCUACCUAUUAUUUUCAUAACACAAACAUGUUUUAUUAUUAAAUAAACCCAAAUGUCAAAUA